AUCUUAAUCUUCAAACUUUAGUUCAAAUUUAAGUUCAUUGUAAUUAUUUUUUAUUGUAAUCGAUUUCGAUCAAAACAAGCGGUAGAAACAAAACAAACUCAACCAAUCAGAGCUUGUUUUACAUCACAUGGCUAACUGUGUGUUUCUGUGGGGGCAGUCGGCCAAUGUUCUUGCCAGAACCCAAACAAAAGUGUCGCAGUCGUGGUCGUCCUGUUUAUGUUGUGUCAAAUUAAGAAUAUAUUUGGAAUUUAAUUUUAUUUCAAUCAUGUUUCGCGCAUGGAAUGUCGAAAAACCAUUCAUUCUUGACCGUCCGCAGCAGCAGUCCCAUCAUGAUCCAUUAUUGGACUGUAAGUGCUUUAAAGGCGAAUUCUCACUCAGUUCCAGCGCGGUGCAAGCAUUUAUGAACAACCUUGACCGUUACACAGACGAAGAAUUGGAUUGUGUUAAGUAUUUUCCUGCACACGUGAAGUCUCUCAUCGCCCGAAAGUUCCUCUCAUCCCACGCCUUCAUCCAACAUAAAAGCGUCAAUCUCAAGAAAAUAAUCAGCGUAAUGCUUCAUGAUAAAAUGGAUGAAGUUAAUUUCACAUUUUAUGCUGUUGACGACGAAGUCAUGAAGUCGUUGGAGGUGUGCAAAAAUCUAGAAGUUUUGCGCAUCGAUGGUCGUCCAAAUGACCAUCUUGUAAGAUGUUGCGGCGAUUCGGUCAUGGCAAACUUAUCGUCGCAGGCAAUUAUUGAAGCGCUUGCCAAUUUUCCUCGUAUGCUUGAUUUGCGCAUUAUAAAUUGUGAUGCUGUUUCGGACGAAGUCGUGAGUGCUAUCGCAGCGAGUUGUCCAAAGUUGCAAAAAUUAAACUUAAGCAAUUGCAAAUAUAUUACGGAUGAAGGGCUGAAGGCAUUGCUGCAUUUGCGUGAAUUGAUUGCGUUGGACAUAUCUGGUUCACAGGUAACAGAUGAGGGAAUGAAUGCUCUCAUUAAUAGUGAUUUUAUUGACAUCUUGGAAGAUAUCAGAAUUGAUCACUGCAGAGAAAUCAAAGACUUUGAUUUGAGUUUGUUUGCCACCAAAUGCAAGGCGUUGAUGGUGUUCUCGUGUCGGGGGCAUAUGAGUGCAGAUAAAAUGAACAACUUUAAUUCCGAACAUCUGAAGAAUUUGAAGCAGCUUAACUGGGCUAUAGAAUGGUAAACUACACCUGACUGGAAUUUGGAUUUAUCAGCACCAGCACUUUUGAAUUUAUAUUUGUACAUGCAAUCAUAUAUGUAUACACUUGAGAAUAAUAAUAUAUUUAUAAUUGUGAUCCAA